AUGCCUUCCAGACUGAGGAAGACCCGGAAACUUCGGGGCCACGUGAGCCAUGGACAUGGCCGCAUUGGCAAGCACCAGAAGCACCCAGGAGGCCGGGGUAAUGCUGGUGGCAUGCAUCACCACAGGAUUUACUUCGACAAAUAUAAACCAGGUUAUUUUGGGAAAGUUGGUAUGAGGCAUUACCACUUAAAGAGGAACCAGAGCUUCUGCCCAACUGUCAACCUUGAUAAAUUGUGGACAUUGGUCAGCAAACAGACACGAGUAAAUGCUGCCAAAAACAAGAUGGGAGCUGCUCCCAUAAUUGAUGUAGUGCGAUCGGUUUACUACAAAGUUUUGGGGAAGGGAAAGCUCCCAAAGCAGCCUGUCAUCGUGAAGGCCAAAUUCUUCAGCAGAAGAGCUAAGGAGAAGAUUAAGGGUGUUGGGGGUGCCUGUGUUCUGGUGACUUAAAGCCACAUGGAGCUCUGGAGGUUCAUUAAACGCUAACAAAUUCUUUUCCUUUGUGGUCCGAGUAGGUAUUUUGGCAUCUCUACUUUAAACCUAUAUGUUGC